CUGAGCGCCCGGGCCCCGCCUCUAAGGGACACCCCAGAAGUUAGCAUCAGUGGCACUUGGAAGCUACGGUCGCAACAAGUAUCCCCGCCAUGGCUGGCGACUCGCGAAAUGCUAUGAACCAGAACAUGGAGAUUGGCGUCACUCCCAGGGACCCGAGGAAGAUCCCCAAACAGGCUCGUGAUGACCUGCCCCUCGCCACAGACCGCACCCGCCUGCUGGCGGAAGGCAAGAAGCCGCGCCAGCGCUACAUGGAGAAGAGCGGCAAGUGCAACGUGCACCACGGCAACGUGCAGGAAACCUACCGGUACCUGAGCGACCUCUUCACCACGCUGGUGGACCUCAAGUGGCGCUUCAACCUGCUGGUGUUCACAAUGGUCUACACCAUCACGUGGCUGUCCUUUGGCUUCCUCUGGUGGCUCAUCGCCUAUAUCCGGGGUGACCUGGACCAUGUGGGCGACAAAGAGUGGAUUCCCUGUGUGGAAAACCUCAGCGGCUUCGUGUCUGCUUUCCUGUUCUCCAUUGAGACCGAGACCACCAUCGGGUACGGCUUCCGCGUGAUCACGGAGAAGUGUCCGGAGGGGAUCGUCCUCCUCAUGGUCCAGGCCAUCCUGGGCUCCAUCGUCAAUGCCUUCAUGGUGGGGUGCAUGUUUGUCAAGAUCAGUCAGCCAAAGAAGAGAGCGGAGACCCUCAUGUUUUCCAACCACGCGGUCAUCUCCAUGCGGGACGAGAAGCUCUGCCUGAUGUUCCGCGUGGGGGACCUUAGGAACUCCCACAUCGUGGAGGCCUCCAUCCGCGCCAAGCUCAUCAAGUCCCGGCAGACCAAAGAAGGGGAAUUCAUCCCCUUGAACCAGAUUGACAUUAACGUGGGCUUUGACACUGGGGACGACCGUCUUUUCCUGGUGUCGCCCCUCAUCAUCUCCCACGAGAUCAAUGAGAAGAGCCCUUUCUGGGAGAUGUCUCGGGCUCAGCUGCAUCAAGAGGAGUUUGAAAUCGUGGUCAUUCUAGAAGGCAUGGUGGAGGCCACAGGCAUGACUUGCCAAGCACGGAGCUCCUACAUGGAUACAGAGGUGCUCUGGGGCCACCGGUUCACACCAGUCCUCACCUUGGAAAAAGGCUUCUAUGAGGUGGACUACAACACCUUCCAUGACACCUACGAGACCAACACUCCCAGCUGCUGUGCCAAGGAGCUGGCAGAAAUGAAGCAGGAAGGCCGGCUCUUCCAGUUCCUCCCCAGCACCCCCCUGCCAGAAAGCUUCUCUAAAGCAGAGUUGGAGGCAGAGUUGGAGGCUGAACAGGAUGGAGAGGAUGAGCCCGAGGGGCUGGAUGGGUCCCGGGAGACCAGGGGCUUGGUGUAA